AUGCUGUAGAGAUACUCAAAAUUGUCUACGAACGAGACGAUAAUAAGACUACUUUAACCAAUCGACUUAAAAUAGGAUCGAACUUCAUCCCAAUAAAAGAAUAUAUUAAAAGUAAUAAUACAAUUGAGCCUUGGUAUUUCUAUGAGAAAUGUAACGAUUUCAACUUCAACGAAGGGUUCACCACAUUCAAAUGUCAACAUGGAACUUGCCCUAUCUGUUAUCAGGAAGCUUUACAUGAAUGCUGUGUUUCGUGUAAACAGAACAUAGAGUAUUGUAAAUGUAUCUAUCGAUGUGCGUUAGCCUAUCCAUCUACCUUCUCACUAGAUGGAAGUGUUGCAACAUGGGCAAAGUGUCCAUUUUAUUGUACCAAGUACAACGAAGAAACAUUUAACGAACAUUUGACAAGUUGCCAGGGUGUAAUAACAGAAAAACUCAAAAUCGUAUUCUUAAAGGUCGAGAAUGUUGUAAAAAAUGUGAUAGUAUACACAGUCCCUCAGACUCAUGUUCUUAUGAGUGGUGAUGUAGUAAGCUCUAAUAUAGAUAGAGAUA